CACAUAAUUCACAAUUCAGACUUCAGGGGCCAAAUCCACGAGUCGAGAGGCGACACAAAGCAAAUUAAGCUCUCAAAGCUCUGGAGUGAUGAUGGCGAAGAAAGCAACGAAAUCACAGUCAUCUUUAGAGUCUUCAGCCUCCGAUCAGAGAAUGGUGUUGAGAAAAAGGCAGAGAGUAGUUAGCGGAGAGAGAGAGAGGAGUGCGAGCUCGAAGAAGCUUUCGGUGAAGCAUAAGAAGAAAAAUGACAAAUUCGAAGCUAAGAAGCCUAAGAAACCCCCCACUGCUUUCUUCUACUUCUUGGAGGAUUUUCGUAAGGAAUUUCAAGUGCAGAACCCAGAUGUCAAGUCAAUGCGUGAUAUUGGCAAGGCAUGUGGAGAGAAGUGGAAGACGAUGACUUAUGAGGAAAAAGUUCAGUAUUAUGAUAUUGCCACUGAGAAACGAGCAGAGUUUGACAGAGCCAUGGCAGAUUAUAUCAAAAGGAAGGAAAGUGGUGAAGGUCAAGAAACUGAAGAUGACUCUGAAUUUGAUGAGUACGCUUAAGGAUUGCUGUUGUAAUAGAAGAAUAUUGUUUCAAUAGGAGUAGGAGGUACAUGAGCUGUUAGUUGUAAUUACUUUUACAGGAUCACUAAAGUGCAGAUUUGACAGUUAAUGUUAUCAUUAUCAAGUUGUGUUCA